UUGUUUUGAUUUGAUUUUCUGCCUCUCUCGAUCUCUUGAUAUUCUAGCAUAUCUAGGCUUAUAGGACUAAGGUUACAAAGCCAUAGAACCAGAAGAACGUGCCAAGAAAAUGGUUUAGCCAUUCCCAAGAGCGCAUCAAUGGAGAUCGAGGAAUCCCAAGAGGCUCUGCUCUCCAAUGUGGAGGUCCUCCAUUUCCUCCGGGAAGAGCGUCAACGCCAAUUUGGAGCCAAAGCCCAAAAGAAGAAUUGGCCACGCCAUUUAUCGGGUGCUAAUGCCACCAUCCUACUCGAGACCCUCACCCACUUGGAAACCCAACCCUGUGCCCAUCACGAAGCUGAACAGGUCAAGGACUUCCUGGAAGCCAUCAAACCCUUUCAAUUGAGCCAAUCCGAGGUCUUGCAGAUCGUGAACCAAGUCCCGGAGUCGACCGUGGAACUACAUCUCUUGAUUGAGGAAUGCGAAGAGCGAUUGAGUGAGGAACAAAUUGAAGCUAUCCUCGAACUCGUUCGCAAAAAUUUGGGCCCGCCCGUGGAACCCGAAGCGGAACAAGAAGACCAAGGUAAUCCAGACGUGGAACCUGUCCCUGCGUAG